UACACCGAAUAACCGGAUCUAACCGACCGGUUCCAGUGCUAAAAUAGACUGACCAAUCUCAAGCGCAACAAACAUUGGGCCGGGUCCAGAUGGUGAAGCCCUAAAACCAACACUUAACUCUCUCUCUCUCUCUCAUCUCUCUCUCUCAGCACUUUCAGACAAGACAGAAAGAUGAAGUCUUUACUGAGAAACGCCACAACCUUAAACCCUAACACCAAACUAACAACAACAAAGCUCCUCCCUUUAAUCCACCAAACCCUCACCAGACCCUUCUCCCAAUCCACCACCAUCCCAACAAAGCAAGACCGAGUCCGCGACCACGGCUACGACAACUACAUGGAAGUCGAGAAAAAAAUCCGCAAAGUCGUCAAGUUCCACUCCCUCAUCCUCUCUCAGCCCCAACACACCAUCCCAAUCUCUCUCCUCGACACCUUAGCUCGCCGCUUAGGCCUCGGAUUCAAGCAGCACGAGCCCGGAGCUUUCCUCCUCAAGUUCCCUCACGUCUUCGAAGUCUACGAGCACCCUGUCCAGAGAAUCCUCUACUGUAGAUUAACAAGAAAGGCUCUUGAUCAGAUCCGUGAUGAGCAAGAAGCUGUCCUCUCUCAGAUACCAGACGCUGUCACUAGAUUAAGGAAGCUAGUUAUGAUGUCCAACACUGGUCGGAUCCGUUUAGAACACGUUAGGAUAGCUAGAACCGAGUUUGGUCUCCCUGAGGAUUUCGAGUACUCUGUGAUUCUGAAACAUCCUGAGUUCUUUAGACUUAUUGAUGGAGAGGAGACUAGAGAUAAGUAUAUAGAGAUUGUUGAUAGAGAAGAGAGUUUAUCUCGUUGCGCUAUAGAGAGAGUUAGAGAGUUAGAGUAUAGAACUAAAGGAAUAGACGCAGAGGAUGUUAGAUUCUCCUUCCUCGUGAACUUCCCUCCCGGUUUCAAGAUUGGUAAGUACUUCCGCAUCGCUGUCUGGAAAUGGCAGAGGCUUCCUUACUGGUCUCCCUACGAGGACAUCUCCAACUACGACUUGAGAUCCUUGGAGGCGCAGAAGAGGCUGGAGAAGAGAGCUGUCGCGUGCAUCCACGAGCUGUUGUCCUUGACCGUGGAGAAGAAGAUAACUCUCGAGAGGAUAGCUCACUUCAGGAACGUGAUGUGUUUGCCUAAGAGGCUGAAGGAGUUUCUUCUCCAGCAUCAGGGGAUAUUCUAUAUAUCGACUCGUGGGAACUACGGGAAGCUUCAUACGGUGUUUUUAAGAGAGGCGUAUAAGAGAGGGGAGCUUGUGGAGCCGAACGAGGUUUAUUUGGCUAGGAGGAAGUUGGCUGAGCUUGUGCUUAUGAGUCCUAGGAAGGCUAAGGUUGAUGGUGAGCUUGUUAGGUACAGGAACGGAUUUGAUGAUGAUGAUGAUGAAGAUGAUAGUGAAUGAGAUUGUGGCAAGCUCACUCGUUGUUCUUGUGUUGAUUUGAAUUGAAGAAAGAUGCCAAACAAGAUUUGAUUACUUGAUCCGCAAGAUAUACUUUGGGCUAUUAUCUUUCUCAUCAGCAGAAUAUUCUUUAACUCAGAU